CGAACGUUUCUCUGCACGUGUAGUUCGAUAGCAGACGUCAUGGAUCGCAAAACGUCAUAACUGUUCAAAAACCUAAUAUCGCGCAAAUUCAACAAACAACGAACAGCUGUUCGCGUCAACGAUAAUGAGAUCGUGAGCCGCAAUUUUGAAUAACAGUAGAUGUGGCGUAAAUGUGGCAUUCUUCUACCGAAAAUCAAAGAGCUCGGGUCUUCUCCUAAAAACGUAGGUGUGUACAGCCGUUAGGCGAGGAUUAAUCUGCGCUUGUUUCGCGCAGCUCCUGGAUAGCAGUAAUAAUAGAGAACAGCGGAGACGUUACUCGUAUUUUAGGAAUAAUCGGGAAAUGCUGUGCCCGGAGGUGUGGGACUUUAAAGCCCCACAGCACAAUUUCAAGGUCGUUAAAUCGGACUCUUUAACAAAGGAGGUGACUAGUGCAAUAAAGAAUCACUACUUCAAUCACUCGGUCCAAGUCGUACUCCCCGAUACUGUCAAUCUACCUCAUCAUAUUUUCGAGAACUUCAACGCAGACAGCGACUACUAUAGAGUUAACGGUCUACAGGCCCAAGAACUAGUAGACAAAGAAUUUGUGGAGGCUUUUGUCAAGAAAGGAGAAGUCAACAUUUUAGCAAUUGAGAGUCGCGUCGACACAGCAAAUUCUUUGGCAGUGACUCCAUCUGGUCAUUUGAUAUUGUCGUUGGUUAAAGAAGAUUUCCAAUCUCUCGGUUUAGAAGGUUCACCCUCGUUCUUCGACCGUAAAGUUAAGACCCGCUUCGUGGUGACUAUCGAUUUAAAAGAAGAAAUUUUUACACCUGGCAAAAAAAACUAUGAACAUGUCCGACGGUGCCUUACAAAUAAUCUACAUCAGAGUUUUGACAUCAUUCUUGCUUGGAACCCCCCAGAUGACAAGUUAUGCCCAUCUUCAGUUGCGGCAUGGUUCCAUAAACGAGGAUAUGAAGUGAAACUCUGCAGACAAGUGAAGGUAGAGCGGAGUGAGUAUUCCUUGAAAAUUCCCAUCAUCAAUUCCAGUACCGACGAUGGAAAGUUAUUUGAAUGGCUUGGCAUGUUCAGCAUUGGUGGUGACUUAGAGGAUACAAAAUAUGAUUCCUACGUGAACAGAUAUCAGUGUCCUGCACCUAUGACCGAAGUUGGACAAAUCCGCAGCAUUCGGUGGAUGGGUUUCAUGACUCGGAUACAAGUGGAAAAUAUUUUUCAUGAGCUCAGGUGCUACAUUCAGCAAAGGGAAACGAUACCGUGGGCCAGUAUAGAUGUUCAAGGAUUCAUGGAUACUCCGAUAAGCUGGAAAUUACAAGAGCACAAUUAUUUGAGUGAUGGAGAUAAUAGUUUUACCAUUUUUAUGAAACCUAACGGGUCGUAUGUCUUGAGGACAAGCUUGAGUUCAAAUAACAAGCCAAGGAUUUUUCAAUAAAUGAGAUUUGUAAAUUUAA